CUAAAUAUACAUCAUAAUGACCUGACCUGCAUUUACUAAGCACUACUACGAAAGACUUGCUUCGUACGGUGGUUGAAAUGUCGGCAAAGGCAGAAAAUGAAACACACCGCAGGCAGCAAUUCAAGUACAAUGUUGUCAAGUCUGAUGGGAGAUUGAAAGAAGUUAUUCGUUUAGAAAAGCUGACAAGAAAACAGUGGGAAAGAAAAUGGGGAUUUUCAAGAAAUAUAAUGAAGAUAUACCAUGACGAUAUCCAAGCGGAGGGCAUCGAGCUGACAAAUAAACGGCCUAUUCCCUGGUGGGUUUCAGAAACGGAAGCAGAGAUUUCUCCAUCGCCUCCCGUUCCUAUAACGAGCUCAGGUUUCAUUGGCUGGCGCUCCGCUGACAGAAAGUUCUCAUUGGAGAGGUUCGGGGUGCUAUAUGUAUCUCCUAGACUGACUAUGGAACCACCAGAAGAAUAUCCACAAAGAAAGCAAAUCAAUAUAUUCAUAGGAUAG